CCAAAAUUGCCUCGGUUUACUAAAAUCAUCCCUAAAUCGAUUCUCUUCUCUCUUCAACUUAGCUCAAUCGAUCAUCAACAUCACUUGUAAUCUCUCUCACUCAUCGAUUCCCUGAAUGCGUUUUUGUUAUUGCUUCAUCGUAUCAGCUUCAGUUAGUUAUUCUCUGGCUCAAGUAAAGUUCUUCAGAGCCCAGAUUGUGUUGCUGUAAGUGACAGUAAUGUUUCUCUGUAACUUCAAUCCAACUCAAGGAAUAUUUCCAUUGCAAGGGUUAUCAAAAUCUCAGGAACUUGGAUGCUUUUCAUUGCUUGGAUUUUCAAGUUGUGGAACUUACUCCACGUUGGAGGCGAAAAGGUUUGGUUUUUGUAUCAGGGCAAAGUUCUUAGAGAAGCAAGCUGGGAAAUUGGACAUAGGUUAUGGAGCUACUGUGGAGAGGAAAGAAGUGAAGAAGGUGGGGAAAAAUGAGCAUCAUUUGUGGAAGAAGAAUGACUCUGCUGGAUCUGGACAGAAAGCACUAAAUCUUGUCCGAAUGCUCUCCGGACUCCCAAACGAAAAAGAGGCUGUUUAUGGAGCUUUGAACAAAUGGGUAGCUUGGGAGGUUGAAUUUCCCAUUAUUGCUGCAGCUAAGGCUUUGCAAAUCUUAAGGAAGAGAAGCCAAUGGCAUCGUGUGAUUCAAGUGGCUAAGUGGAUGUUAAGCAAAGGGCAAGGUGCUACAAUGGGAACAUAUGAUACCCUCUUAUUGGCAUUUGAUAUGGACGAAAGAGCUGAUGAGGCAGAAUCGUUAUGGAACAUGAUUCUGCAUACGCAUACACGUUCCAUCCCAAGACGCUUGUUUGCUAGGAUGAUUGCUUUGUAUUCUCACCAUGAUCUUCACAAUAAGGUUAUCGAGGUAUUUGCAGAUAUGGAGGAGCUGAAGGUGAGGCCAGACGAAGAUACAGCGAGAAGAGUGGCACGAGCCUUCAGGGAACUCGGCCAAGAAGAAAAUCGAAAACUGAUUCUUAGGAGGUACCUCUCUGAAUUCAAAUACAUCUACUUCAAUGGUGAAAGGGUUAGAGUCAAAAGAUAUUCAUCUGAAGAAGGUUGAUUUCAUUCUCAUGCACACACAUGUAUAGAAAGUUACCCCCAAGUUUUUACUCUUGAUUGUAAUAUUUAGACUGUGAAUUCAUUAAGAUGAUGGUAAAAAGAAUCUCCAUUAAAUAAUCUUUAUCUUAUUUUCUUGGUAGAACAAACCGACAUUCAUGCUUUAUAGUGUUCAUAAUUCCUUGCA